AUGACGACCCCCCCUCGCCGUUUCCCGAGACCAAACCUUGGGAGUAUUUCUUGCUCAGAGAAAGGUCGCGGCGCCGGCCUGUCAGCGGUGACACGGCAGCGACACGGCGGCGCCUGUAUCAUUACGGCUGUAUCAUUACGGCUGUGUACUCACCUCCAGAGGAUACAGCUCCGGCCUAAUGAGCGCCGGGCCUCGUCCGACUAUAACGAGGCCACGGAUACAUCCCAUAAUGCACUGGGCACAGCUGCUACCUCUGCACCGCCCGCCACGCACACGCCGCCAACAUGUCCGCCGACCACGGGGCGCAGGCCGAUCGCACACGGUUUAAACGUGUUUAUAAAAGAGAGGAAGGCACCUGGGGGGGGGCAGAGAGGAAGGCACCUGGGGGGGGGGCAGAGAGGAAGGCACCUGGGGGGGGGCAGAGAGGAAGGCACCUGGGGGGGGGCAGAGAGGAAGGCACCUGGGGGGGGGCAGAGAGGAAGGCACCUGGGGGGGGCAGAGAGGAAGGCACCUGGGGGGGGGCAGAGAGGAAGGCACCUGGGGGGGGGGGGGGGCAGAGAGGAAGGCACCUGGGGAGGGGGGGCAGAGAGGAAGGCACCUGGGGGAGGGGGGGCAGAGAGGAAGGCACCUGGGGGGGGGGGGCAGAGAGGAAGGCACCUGGGGGGGGGGCAGAGAGGAAGGCACCUGGAGAGGGGGGGGGGCAGAGAGGAAGGCACCUGGGGGGGGGGGCAGAGAGGAAGGCACCUGGGGGGGGGGGCAGAGAGGAAGGCACCUGGGGAGGGGGGGCAGAGAGGAAGGCACCUGGGGGAGGGGGGGCAGAGAGGAAGGCACCUGGGGGGGGGGGCAGAGAGGAAGGCACCUGGAGAGGGGGGGGGCAGAGAGGAAGGCACCUGGGGGGGGGGCAGAGAGGAAGGCACCUGGGGGGGGGGGCAGAGAGGAAGGCACCUGGGGAGGGGGGGCAGAGAGGAAGGCACCUGGGGAGGGGGGCAGAGAGGAAGGCACCUGGGGGGGGGAGGGGGGCAGAGAGGAAGGCACCUGGGGGGGGGGGCAGAGAGGAAGGCACCUGGGGGGGGGGCAGAGAGGAAGGCACCUGGGGGGGGGAGGGGGGCAGAGAGGAAGGCACCUGGGGGGGGGGCAGAGAGGAAGGCACCUGGGGGGGGGGGGGCAGAGAGGAAGGCACCUGGGGGGGGGGGGGGCAGAGAGGAAGGCACCUGGGGGGGGGGGGGGCAGAGAGGAAGGCACCUGGGGGGGGGGGGCAGAGAGGAAGGCACCUGGGGAGGGGGGCAGAGAGGAAGGCACCUGGGGGGGGGGGGGCAGAGAGGAAGGCACCUGGGGAGGGGGACAGAGAGGAAGGCACCUGGGGAGGGGGACAGAGAGGAAGGCACCUGGGGGGGGGGGGGGCAGAGUGGAAGGCACCUGGGGAGGGGGGCAGAGAGGAAGGCACCUGGGGAGGGGGACAGAGAGGAAGGCACCUGGGGAGGGGGGCAGAGAGGAAGGCACCUGGGGGGGGGGGGGGCAGAGAGGAAGGCACCUGGGGGGGGGGGGGGCAGAGAGGAAGGCACCUGGGGAGGGGGGCAGAGAGGAAGGCACCUGGGGGGGGGGGGGGCAGAGAGGAAGGCACCUGGGGGGGGGGGGGGCAGAGAGGAAGGCACCUGGGGAGGGGGGGGGCAGAGAGGAAGGCACCUGGGGAGGGGGGGGCAGAGAGGAAGGCACCUGGGGGGGGGGCCGAGAGGAAGGCACCUGGGGGGGGGGGCAGAGAGGAAGGCACCUGGGGAGGGGGGGGCAGAGAGGAAGGCACCUGGGGAGGGGGGGGCAGAGAGGAAGGCACCUGGGGGGGGGGCCGAGAGGAAGGCACCUGGGGGGGGGGGCAGAGAGGAAGGCACCUGGGGGGAGGGGGGGGCAGAGAGGAAGGCACCUGGGGAGGGGGGGGCAGAGAGGAAGGCACCUGGGGGGGGGGGGGCAGAGAGGAAGGCACCUGGGGGGGGGGGGCAGAGAGGAAGGCACCUGGGGGGGGGAGGGGGGGCAGAGAGGAAGGCACCUGGGGGGGGAGGGGGGGCAGAGAGGAAGGCACCUGGGGAUGGGGGGCAGAGAGGAAGGCACCUGGGAGGGGGGGGGCAGAGAGGAAGGCACCUGGGGGGGGGGGGCAGAGAGGAAGGCACCUGGGGGGGGGAGGGGGGCAGAGAGGAAGGCACCUGGGGGGGGGGGGGCAGAGAGGAAGGCACCUGGGGGGGGGAGGGGGGCAGAGAGGAAGGCACCUGGGGGGGGGCAGAGAGGAAGGCACCUGGGGGGGGGAGGGGGGCAGAGAGGAAGGCACCUGGGGGGGGGGCAGAGAGGAAGGCACCUGGGGGGGGGAGGGGGGCAGAGAGGAAGGCACCUGGGGGGGGGGGGGCAGAGAGGAAGGCACCUGGGGGGGGGGGGGGGCAGAGAGGAAGGCACCUGGGGAGGGGGGGGCAGAGAGGAAGGCACCUGGGGGGGGGGGGCAGAGAGGAAGGCACCUGGGGAGGGGGGCAGAGAGGAAGGCACCUGGGGGGGGGGGCAGAGAGGAAGGCACCUGGGGGGGGGAGGGGGGCAGAGAGGAAGGCACCUGGGGAGGGGGGCAGAGAGGAAGGCACCUGGGGGGGGGGGGCAGAGAGGAAGGCACCUGGGGAGGGGGGGCAGAGAGGAAGGCACCUGGGGGGGGGGGGGCAGAGAGGAAGGCACCUGGGGGGGGGGGGGGGCAGAGAGGAAGGCACCUGGGGGGGGGGGGCAGAGAGGAAGGCACCUGGGGGGGAGGGGGGGCAGAGAGGAAGGCACCUGGGGAUGGGGGGCAGAGAGGAAGGCACCUGGGGAGGGGGGGGGCAGAGAGGAAGGCACCUGGGGGGGGGCCGAGAGGAAGGCACCUGGGGGGGGGCGAGAGGAAGGCACCUGGGGGGGGGGCAGAGAGGAAGGCACCUGGGGGGGGGCCGAGAGGAAGGCACCUGGGGGGGAGGGGGGCAGAGAGGAAGGCACCUGGGGAGGGGGGGGCAGAGAGGAAGGCACCUGGGGGGGGGGGGGCAGAGAGGAAGGCACCUGGGGAGGGGGGGGCAGAGAGGAGGGGGCAGAGAGGAAGGCACCUGGGGAGGGGGGGGCAGAGAGGAAGGCACCUGGGGAGGGGGGGGGCAGAGAGGAAGGCACCUGGGGGGGGGGCCGAGAGGAAGGCACCUGGGGGGGGAGGGGGGCAGAGAGGAAGGCACCUGGGGGGGGGGCAGAGAGGAAGGCACCUGGGGGGGGCCGAGAGGAAGGCACCUGGGGGGGGAGGGGGGCAGAGAGGAAGGCACCUGGGGAGGGGGGGGCAGAGAGGAAGGCACCUGGGGGGGGGAGGGGGGCAGAGAGGAAGGCACCUGGGGAGGGGGGGGCAGAGAGGAAGGCACCUGGGGAGGGGGGGGGGCAGAGAGGAAGGCACCUGGGGAGGGGGGGGGCAGAGAGGAAGGCACCUGGGGGGGGGGCAGAGAGGAAGGCACCUGGGGGGGGGCCGAGAGGAAGGCACCUGGGGGGGGGAGGGGGGCAGAGAGGAAGGCACCUGGAGAGGGGGGCAGAGAGGAAGGCACCUGGGGGGGGGGGGGCAGAGAUGAAGGCACCUGGGGGGGGGGGGGCAGAGAUGAAGGCACCUGGGGGGGGUUGGGUGGAUUGCACGGCGAGUGGGCGGGUGGUAAAGGGGGGGGUGUUAGGGGGGGGGGUGGUGAAAGGGGGGGGGGCCCAGGGGGCGCUCCUCUCCUCCCCGGCCCUUCCUCCUCCUCCCCCCGUGCAGCAGGGGGCGCUCUUCUCCUCCCCGGCCCUUCCUCCUCCUCCCCCCGUGCAGCAGGGGGCGCUCCUCUCCUCCCCGGCCCCCUUCCUCCUCCUCCCCCCGUGCAGCAGGGGCGCUCCUCUCCUCCCCGGCCCUUCCUCCUCCUCCCCCCGUGCAGCAGGGGGCGCUCUUCUCCUCCCCGGGCCCUUCCUCCUCCUCCCCCCCGUGCAGCAGGGGGGCGCUCUUCUCCUCCCUGGCCCUUCCUCCUCCUCCCCCCGUGCAGCAGGGGGCGCUCUUCUCCUCCCCGGCCCUUCCUCCUCCUCCCCCCGUGCAGCAGGGGGCGCUCCUCUCCUCCCCGGCCCCUUCCUCCUCCUCCCCCCGUGCAGCAGGGGGCGCUCUUCUCCUUCCCCGGCCCUUCCUCCUCCUCCCCCCGUGCAGCAGGGUGCGCUCUUCUCCUCCGCCGGCUCCUUGCCUCCUCCUCCCCCCGUGCAGCAGGGGGCGCUCUGUCCUCCUCCCGCCCCUUCCUCCUCCUUCCCCCCGUGCAGCAGGGGGCGCUCUUCUCCUCCCCGGCCCUUCCUCCUCCUCCCCCCGUGCAGCAGGGGGCGCUCUUCUCCUCCCCGGCCCUUCCUCCUCCUCCCCCCGUGCAGCAGGGGGCGCUCUUCUCCUCCCCGGCCCUUCCUCCUCCUCCCCCCGUGCAGCAGGGGGCGCUCUUCUCCUCCCCGGCCCUUCCUCCUCCUCCCCCCCCGUGCAGCAGGGGGCGCUCUUCUCCUCCCCGGCCCUUCCUCCCGUCCUCCCCCCGUGCAGCAGGGGGCGCUCUUCUCCUCCCCGGCCCCUUCCUCCUCCUCCCCCCACGUGCAGCAGGGGGCGCUCUUCUCCUCCCCGGCCCUUCCUCCUCCUCCCCCCGUGCAGCAGGGGGCGCUCCUCUCCUCCCCGGCCCUUCCUCCUCCUCCCCCCGUGCAGCAGGGGGCGCUCUUCUCCUCCCCGGCCCUUCCUCCUCCUCCCUCCCCCCGUGCAGCAGGGGGCGCUCUUCUCCUCCCCGGCCCUUCCUCCUCCUCCCCCCGUGCAGCAGGGGGCGCUCUUCUCCUCCCCGGCCCUUCCUCCUCCUCCCCCCGUGCAGCAGGGGGCGCUCUCUCCUCCCCGCCCCUUCCUCCUCCUCCCCCCGUGCAGCAGGGGGCGCUCCUCUCCUCCCCGGCCCUUCCUCCUCCUCCCCCCCGUGCAGCAGGGCGCUCCUCUCCUCCCCGACCCUUCCUCCUCCUCCCCCCGUGCAGCAGGGGGCGCUCUUCUCCUCCCCGGCCCUUCCUCCUCCUCCCCCCGUGCAGCAGGGGGCGCUCUUCUCCUCCCCGGCCCUUCCUCCUCCUCCCCCCGUGCAGCAGGGGGCGCUCUUCUCCUCCCCGGCCCUUCCUCCUCCUCCCCCCGUGCAGCAGGGGGCGCUCUUCUCCUCCCCGGCCCUUCCUCCUCCUCCCCCCGUGCAGCAGGGGGCGCUCUUCUCCUCCCCGGCCCUUCCUCCUCCUCCCCCCGUGCAGCAGGGGGCGCUCUUCUCCUCCCCGGCCCUUCCUCCUCCUCCCCCCGUGCAGCAGGGGGCGCUCUUCUCCUCCCCGGCCCUUCCUCCUCCUCCCCCCGUGCAGCAGGGGGCGCUCUUCUCCUCCCCGGCCCUUCCUCCUCCUCCCCCCGUGCAGCAGGGGGCGCUCUUCUCCUCCCCGGCCCUUCCUCCUCCUCCCCCCGUGCAGCAGGGGGCGCUCUUCUCCUCCCCGGCCCCCUUCCUCCUCCUCCCCCCGUGCAGCAGGGGCGCUCUUCUCUCCUCCCCGGCCCUUCCUCCUCCUCCUCCCCCCGUGCAGCAGGGGGCGCUCUUCUCCUCCCCGGCCCUUCCUCCUCCUCCCCCCGUGCAGCAGGGGCGCUCCUCUCCUCCCCGGCCCUUCCUCCUCCUCCCCCCGUGCAGCAGGGGGCGCUCUUCUCCUCCCCGGCCCUUCCUCCUCCUCCCCCCCGUGCAGCAGGGGGCGCUCUUCUCCUCCCCGGCCCUUCCUCCUCCUCCCCCCCGUGCAGCAGGGGGCGCUCUUCUCCUCCCCGGCCCUUCCUCCUCCUCCCCCCGUGCAGCAGGGGGCGCUCUUCUCCUCCCCGCCCUUCCUCCUCCCCCCGUGCAGCAGGGGGCGCUCUUCCUCCUCCCCGGCCCUUCCUCCUCCUCCCCCCCCCCGUGCAGCAGGGGGCGCUCUUCUCCUCCCCGGCCCUUCCUCCUCCUCCCCCCGUGCAGCAGGGGGCGCUCUUCUCCUCCCCGGCCCUUCCUCCUCCUCCCCCCGUGCAGCAGGGGGCGCUCUUCUCCUCCCCGGCCCUUCCUCCUCCUCCCCCCGUGCAGCAGGGGGCGCUCUUCUCCUCCCCGGCCCUUCCUCCUCCUCCCCCCGUGCAGCAGGGGGCGCUCUUCUCCUCCCCGGCCCUUCCUCCUCCUCCCCCCGUGCAGCAGGGGGCGCUCUUCUCCUCCCCGGCCCUUCCUCCUCCUCCCCCCGUGCAGCAGGGGGCGCUCUUCUCCUCCCCGGCCCUUCCUCCUCCUCCCCCCGUGCAGCAGGGGGCGCUCUUCUCCUCCCCGGCCCUUCCUCCUCCUCCCCCCGUGCAGCAGGGGGCGCUCUUCUCCUCCCCGGCCCUUCCUCCUCCUCCCCCCGUGCAGCAGGGGCGCUCUUCUCCUCCCCGGCCCUUCCUCCUCCUCCCCCCGUGCAGCAGGGGGCGCUCUUCUCCUCCCCGGCCCUUCCUCCUCCUCCCCCCGUGCAGCAGGGGGCGCUCUCUCCUCCCCGGCCCUUCCUCCUCCUCCCCCCGUGCAGCAGGGGCGCUCUUCUCCUCCCCGCCCUUCCUCCUCCUCCCCCCGUGCAGCAGGGGGCGCUCUUCUCCUCCCCGGCCCUUCCUCCUCCUCCCCCCGUGCAGCAGGGGGCGCUCUUCUCCUCCCCGGCCCUUCCUCCUCCUCCCCCCGUGCAGCAGGGGGCGCUCUUCUCCUCCCCGGCCCUUCCUCCUCCUCCCCCCGUGCAGCAGGGGGCGCUCUUCUCCUCCCCGGCCCUUCCUCCUCCUCCCCCCCCGUGCAGCAGGGGCGCUCUUCUCCUCCCCGGCCCUUCCUCCUCCUCCCCCCGUGCAGCAGGGGGCGCUCUUCUCCUCCCCGGCCCUUCCUCCUCCUCCCCCCCGUGCAGCAGGGGGCGCUCUUCUCCUCCCCGGCCCUUCCUCCUCCUCCCCCCGUGCAGCAGGGGGCGCUCUUCUCCUCCCCGGCCCUUCCUCCUCCUCCCCCCGUGCAGCAGGGGGCGCUCUUCUCCUCCCCGGCCCUUCCUCCUCCUCCCCCCGUGCAGCAGGGGGCGCUCUUCUCCUCCCCGGCCCUUCCUCCUCCUCCCCCCGUGCAGCAGGGGGCGCUCUUCUCCUCCCCGGCCCUUCCUCCUCCUCCCCCCGUGCAGCAGGGGGCGCUCUUCUCCUCCCCGGCCCUUCCUCCUCCUCCCCCCGUGCAGCAGGGGGCGCUCUUCUCCUCCCCGGCCCUUCCUCCUCCUCCCCCCGUGCAGCAGGGGGCGCUCUUCUCCUCCCCGGCCCUUCCUCCUCCUCCCCCCGUGCAGCAGGGGGCGCUCUUCUCCUCCCCGGCCCUUCCUCCUCCUCCCCCGUGCAGCAGGGGGCGCUCUUCUCCUCCCCGGCCCUUCCUCCUCCUCCCCCGUGCAGCAGGGGGCGCUCUUCUCCUCCCCGGCCCUUCCUCCUCCUCCCCCCGUGCAGCAGGGGGCGCUCUUCUCCUCCCCGGCCCUUCCUCCUCCUCCCCCCGUGCAGCAGGGGGCGCUCUUCUCCUCCCCGGCCCUUCCUCCUCCUCCCCCCGUGCAGCAGGGGGCGCUCUUCUCCUCCCCGGCCCUUCCUCCUCCUCCCCCCGUGCAGCAGGGGGCGCUCUUCUCUCCUCCCCGGCCCUUCCUCCUCCUCCCCCCGUGCAGCAGGGGGCGCUCUUCUCCUCCCCGGCCCUUCCUCCUCCUCCCCCCGUGCAGCAGGGGGCGCUCUUCUCCUCCCCGGCCCUUCCUCCUCCUCCCCCCGUGCAGCAGGGGGCGCUCCUCUCCUCCCCGGCCCUUCCUCCUCCUCCCCCCGUGCAGCAGGGGGCGCUCUUCUCCUCCCCGGCCCUUCCUCCUCCUCCCCCCGUGCAGCAGGGGGCGCUCUUCUCCUCCCCGGCCCUUCCUCCUCCUCCCCCCCAGGGGGCGCUCUUCUCCUCCCCGGCCCUUCCUCCUCCUCCCCCCGUGCAGCAGGGGGCGCUCUUCUCCUCCCCGGCCCUUCCUCCUCCUCCCCCCGUGCAGCAGGGGGCGCUCCUCUCCUCCCCGGCCCUUCCUCCUCCUCCCCCCGUGCAGCAGGGGGCGCUCUUCUCCUCCCCGGCCCUUCCUCCUCCUCCCCCCGUGCAGCAGGGGGCGCUCUUCUCCUCCCCGGCCCUUCCUCCUCCUCCCCCCGUGCAGCAGGGGGCGCUCUUCUCCUCCCCGGCCCUUCCUCCUCCUCCCCCCGUGCAGCAGGGGGCGCUCUUCUCCUCCCCGGCCCUUCCUCCUCCUCCCCCCCCCAGGGGGCGCUCUUCUCCUCCCCGGCCCUUCCUCCUCCUCCCCCCGUGCAGCAGGGGGCGCUCUUCUCCUCCCCGGCCCUUCCUCCUCCUCCCCCCGUGCAGCAGGGGGCGCUCUUCUCCCUCCCCGGCCCUUCCUCCUCCUCCCCCCGUGCAGCAGGGGGCGCUCUUCUCCUCCCCGGCCCUUCCUCCUCCUCCCCCCGUGCAGCAGGGGGCGCUCUUCUCCUCCCCGGCCCUUCCUCCUCCUCCCCCCGUGCAGCAGGGGGCGCUCUUCUCCUCCCCGGCCCUUCCUCCUCCUCCCCCCGUGCAGCAGGGGGCGCUCUUCUCCUCCCCGGCCCUUCCUCCUCCUCCCCCCGUGCAGCAGGGGGCGCUCUUCUCCUCCCCGGCCCUUCCUCCUCCUCCCCCCGUGCAGCAGGGGGCGCUCUUCUCCUCCCCGGCCCUUCCUCCUCCUCCCCCCGUGCAGCAGGGGGCGCUCUUCUCCUCCCCGGCCCUUCCUCCUCCUCCCCCCGUGCAGCAGGGGGCGCUCUUCUCCUCCCCGGCCCUUCCUCCUCCUCCCCCCGUGCAGCAGGGGGCGCUCUUCUCCUCCCCGGCCCUUCCUCCUCCUCCCCCCGUGCAGCAGGGGGCGCUCUUCUCCUCCCCGGCCCUUCCUCCUCCUCCCCCCGUGCAGCAGGGGGCGCUCUUCUCCUCCCCGGCCCUUCCUCCUCCUCCCCCCGUGCAGCAGGGGGCGCUCUUCUCCUCCCCGGCCCUUCCUCCUCCUCCCCCCGUGCAGCAGGGGGCGCUCUUCUCCUCCCCGGCCCUUCCUCCUCCUCCCCCCGUGCAGCAGGGGGCGCUCUUCUCCUCCCCGGCCCUUCCUCCUCCUCCCCCCGUGCAGCAGGGGGCGCUCUUCUCCUCCCCGGCCCUUCCUCCUCCUCCCCCCGUGCAGCAGGGGGCGCUCUUCUCCUCCCCGGCCCUUCCUCCUCCUCCCCCCGUGCAGCAGGGGGCGCUCUUCUCCUCCCCGGCCCUUCCUCCUCCUCCCCCCCAGGGGGCGCUCUUCUCCUCCCCGGCCCUUCCUCCUCCUCCCCCCGUGCAGCAGGGGGCGCUCUUCUCCUCCCCGGCCCUUCCUCCUCCUCCCCCCGUGCAGCAGGGGGCGCUCUUCUCCUCCCCGGCCCUUCCUCCUCCUCCCCCCGUGCAGCAGGGGGCGCUCUUCUCCUCCCCGGCCCUUCCUCCUCCUCCCCCCGUGCAGCAGGGGGCGCUCUUCUCCUCCCCGGCCCUUCCUCCUCCUCCCCCCGUGCAGCAGGGGGCGCUCUUCUCCUCCCCGGCCCUUCCUCCUCCUCCCCCCGUGCAGCAGGGGGCGCUCUUCUCCUCCCCGGCCCUUCCUCCUCCUCCCCCCGUGCAGCAGGGGGCGCUCUUCUCCUCCCCGGCCCUUCCUCCUCCUCCCCCCGUGCAGCAGGGGGCGCUCUUCUCCUCCCCGGCCCUUCCUCCUCCUCCCCCCGUGCAGCAGGGGGCGCUCUUCUCCUCCCCGGCCCUUCCUCCUCCUCCCCCCGUGCAGCAGGGGGCGCUCCUCUCCUCCCCGGCCCUUCCUCCUCCUCCCCCCGUGCAGCAGGGGGCGCUCCUCUCCUCCCCGGCCCUUCCUCCUCCUCCCCCCGUGCAGCAGGGGGCGCUCUUCUCCUCCCCGGCCCUUCCUCCUCCUCCCCCCGUGCAGCAGGGGGCGCUCUUCUCCUCCCCGGCCCUUCCUCCUCCUCCCCCCGUGCAGCAGGGGGCGCUCUUCUCCUCCCCGGCCCUUCCUCCUCCUCCCCCCGUGCAGCAGGGGGCGCUCUUCUCCUCCCCGGCCCUUCCUCCUCCUCCCCCCGUGCAGCAGGGGGCGCUCUUCUCCUCCCCGGCCCUUCCUCCUCCUCCCCCCGUGCAGCAGGGGGCGCUCUUCUCCUCCCCGGCCCUUCCUCCUCCUCCCCCCGUGCAGCAGGGGGCGCUCUUCUCCCUCCCCGGCCCUUCCUCCUCCUCCCCCCGUGCAGCAGGGGGCGCUCUUCUCCUCCCCGGCCCUUCCUCCUCCUCCCCCCGUGCAGCAGGGGGCGCUCCUCUCCUCCCCGGCCCUUCCUCCUCCUCCCCCCGUGCAGCAGGGGGCGCUCUUCUCCUCCCCGGCCCUUCCUCCUCCUCCCCCCGUGCAGCAGGGGGCGCUCUUCUCCUCCCCGGCCCUUCCUCCUCCUCCCCCCGUGCAGCAGGGGGCGCUCUUCUCCUCCCCGGCCCUUCCUCCUCCUCCCCCCGUGCAGCAGGGGGCGCUCCUCUCCUCCCCGGCCCUUCCUCCUCCUCCCCCCGUGCAGCAGGGGGCGCUCCUCUCCUCCCCGGCCCUUCCUCCUCCUCCCCCCGUGCAGCAGGGGGCGCUCUUCUCCUCCCCGGCCCUUCCUCCUCCUCCCCCGUGCAGCAGGGGGCGCUCCUCUCCUCCCCGGCCCUUCCUCCUCCUCCCCCCGUGCAGCAGGGGGCGCUCUUCUCCUCCCCGGCCCUUCCUCCUCCUCCCCCCCAGGGGGCGCUCUUCUCCUCCCCGGCCCUUCCUCCUCCUCCCCCCGUGCAGCAGGGGGCGCUCUUCUCCUCCCCGGCCCUUCCUCCUCCUCCCCCCGUGCAGCAGGGGGCGCUCUUCUCCUCCCCGGCCCUUCCUCCUCCUCCCCCCGUGCAGCAGGGGGCGCUCUUCUCCUCCCCGGCCCUUCCUCCUCCUCCCCCCGUGCAGCAGGGGGCGCUCUUCUCCUCCCCGGCCCUUCCUCCUCCUCCCCCCGUGCAGCAGGGGGCGCUCUUCUCCUCCCCGGCCCUUCCUCCUCCUCCCCCCGUGCAGCAGGGGGCGCUCUUCUCCUCCCCGGCCCUUCCUCCUCCUCCCCCCGUGCAGCAGGGGGCGCUCUUCUCCUCCCCGGCCCUUCCUCCUCCUCCCCCCGUGCAGCAGGGGGCGCUCUUCUCCUCCCCGGCCCUUCCUCCUCCUCCCCCCGUGCAGCAGGGGGCGCUCUUCUCCUCCCCGGCCCUUCCUCCUCCUCCCCCCGUGCAGCAGGGGGCGCUCUUCUCCUCCCCGGCCCUUCCUCCUCCUCCCCCCGUGCAGCAGGGGGCGCUCCUCUCCUCCCCGGCCCUUCCUCCUCCUCCCCCCGUGCAGCAGGGGGCGCUCCUCUCCUCCCCGGCCCUUCCUCCUCCUCCCCCCGUGCAGCAGGGGGCGCUCCUCUCCUCCCCGGCCCUUCCUCCUCCUCCCCCCGUGCAGCAGGGGGCGCUCUUCUCCUCCCCGGCCCUUCCUCCUCCUCCCCCCGUGCAGCAGGGGGCGCUCUUCUCCUCCCCGGCCCUUCCUCCUCCUCCCCCCGUGCAGCAGGGGGCGCUCUUCUCCUCCCCGGCCCUUCCUCCUCCUCCCCCCGUGCAGCAGGGGGCGCUCUUCUCCUCCCCGGCCCUUCCUCCUCCUCCCCCCGUGCAGCAGGGGGCGCUCCUCUCCUCCCCGGCCCUUCCUCCUCCUCCCCCCGUGCAGCAGGGGGCGCUCUCUCCUCCCCGGCCCUUCCUCCUCCUCCCCCCGUGCAGCAGGGGGCGCUCCUCUCCUCCCCGGCCCUUCCUCCUCCUCCCCCCGUGCAGCAGGGGGCGCUCUUCUCCUCCCCGGCCCUUCCUCCUCCUCCCCCCGUGCAGCAGGGGGCGCUCUUCUCCUCCCCGGCCCUUCCUCCUCCUCCCCCCGUGCAGCAGGGGGCGCUCUUCUCCUCCCCGGCCCUUCCUCCUCCUCCCCCCGUGCAGCAGGGGGCGCUCUUCUCCUCCCCGGCCCUUCCUCCUCCUCCCCCCGUGCAGCAGGGGGCGCUCUUCUCCUCCCCGGCCCUUCCUCCUCCUCCCCCCCGUGCAGCAGGGGGCGCUCUUCUCCUCCCCGGCCCUUCCUCCUCCUCCCCCCGUGCAGCAGGGGGCGCUCCUCUCCUCCCCGGCCCUUCCUCCUCCUCCCCCCGUGCAGCAGGGGGCGCUCCUCUCCUCCCCGGCCCUUCCUCCUCCUCCCCCCGUGCAGCAGGGGGCGCUCCUCUCCUCCCCGGCCCUUCCUCCUCCUCCCCCCGUGCAGCAGGGGGCGCUCUUCUCCUCCCCGGCCCUUCCUCCUCCUCCCCCCGUGCAGCAGGGGGCGCUCUUCUCCUCCCCGGCCCUUCCUCCUCCUCCCCCCGUGCAGCAGGGGGCGCUCUUCUCCUCCCCGGCCCUUCCUCCUCCUCCCCCCGUGCAGCAGGGGGCGCUCUUCUCCUCCCCGGCCCUUCCUCCUCCUCCCCCCGUGCAGCAGGGGGCGCUCUUCUCCUCCCCGGCCCUUCCUCCUCCUCCCCCCGUGCAGCAGGGGGCGCUCUUCUCCUCCCCGGCCCUUCCUCCUCCUCCCCCCGUGCAGCAGGGGGCGCUCUUCUCUCCUCCCCGGCCCUUCCUCCUCCUCCCCCCGUGCAGCAGGGGGCGCUCCUCUCCUCCCCGGCCCUUCCUCCUCCUCCCCCCGUGCAGCAGGGGGCGCUCUUCUCCUCCCCGGCCCUUCCUCCUCCUCCCCCCGUGCAGCAGGGGGCGCUCUUCUCCUCCCCGGCCCUUCCUCCUCCUCCCCCCGGCGGACUCCCGUGUGGCGCCGCUGCUGCUGUCGCUGUCUCUGGACAACACGCCCUCCCGCCGCUGCGGAGUGGAGGCGGACCGGGAGCUCUCCUACCGACAGCAAGCCGCCAACCUCAUCCAGGACAUCGGCCAGAGACUCAACGUCUCUCAGCUCAUCAUCAACACUGCUAUAGUUUACAUGCAUAGGUUUUAUAUGAUUCAUUCUUUCACUAAGUUCCAUAGAAACGUCAUUUCACAAACUACGUUAUUCCUCGCUGCAAAAGUAGAGGAACAGCCCCGGAAACUUGAACACGUUAUUAAAAUAGCACACGCAUACAUUAAUCCCCAAGAGCCUCCUAUAGACGUAAAGGGCAGUGCAUUCCAGCAGCAGGCCCAGGAGCUAGUGGCCCUGGAAACGAUUGUGCUGCAGACGCUGGGUUUUGAAAUAACUGUAGAUCAUCCUCACACAGAUGUGGUGAGAUGUACCCAGCUAGUUCGAGCAAGCAAGGAUUUGGCACAGACUUCCUAUUUCAUGGCUACCAACAGGUUAUUAUCCUGUUCCCUCUAUUGCACUGUAAUGCACACUAUAGCGCCUCCCCCUGGUGCGUCCAUGCCCUCGCGCCCGGCCGUGGGAGCCCCGUGGGGGGUGGGCCUGGUCGGGCGCCGUGCGGUGUAG